AUGACGAGCAGCAGGAGGAGGCCGCGGAUGCCCGAGUACAAGUUCCCUCCCGCGUUCGCGUGGGGCACGGGGUCCUCCGCCUACCAGACCGAGGGCGGUUGGCAGUCUGGAGGUCGCGGGCUCUCCAUCUGGGACGCCUGGUCGCACACACCGGGUCGGGUCGCCGGCGGAGCCGUCGCGGACGCUGCGGCCGACCAUUUCGGCCGGUGGCGCGAUGACGUGCGGCUGUUGCACCGGAUGGGCGUGCCGUACUACCGGCUCUCCCUCUCCUGGGCCCGCAUCAUGCCCGCCGGCGCGGCGCUACUGCGCAACUCGAGCGACUUUUUCGCGCUGCAGCACUACUCGACGCUGAUGGUCUCUCGCCCGAACGCAACCUUCCCGCCGCUGCCCGAGACCUCCUUUUACGCGGCGGAGGGCGUGCGGUGGCACAGCACGCGCGGUGCGCGCAAGAACAGCCUCGGGUGGGACAUUGCCCCGUUCGGGCUCUACAAGCUGCUCAAGCACAUUGACGAAACCUACCAGCCGCGCGGCGGCAUCGUCAUCACCGAGAGCGGGUUCCCGAGCCGCGGCGACGACGCGGCGCCGCACGAGGCCACGCGCGACACGGCGCGCGGCGUGCCCGUGCGCGGCUACUUUGUCUGGUCGCUGCUCGACGCGGCGGAGUGGGAGCACGGCUUCGGCACGCGCUUCGGCCUC